GCGUCUUGUAUCGUGGUCUUUCAUGUAUCAUUUCGUCUGGCCGAAGUUAGAGACUUCCUUAGUUACCAAACGGUGAUUGCCACGGCGUUAUAUUAGGCAAGCGUUCCAUAAUUUUACAGGCACUCUAUCAAUAUAAGAGCAAAAUCCUUUUAUAACACGAUUUUCCGGACUGGGAAGAUGGAAUAUUGAGUACCUCAGGGUCUUGUAUCGUACUCUCAAUUUUUUUUUAUCUGUAUCAUUUCGUCUGGCCAAAGUUUGAGACUUUCUUGGUGAAAAAGCAGUUUUUAGUUUGUAAAAUAAACUGUGAUACAAGGACUUUCAACCACUCAACUAAGUGCAUUGAGUUUAAAAAGCAAUGAAAUACCACCAAAAACCUUGCAAAAACAGUGAAAAAAGUGUGAUGCAACAACUUUCAAUCACCCAACUAAGUGCAUUGAGUUUGGAUUUUUUCCCCAACUCUAGCGUAACCAAACUCGAAAUACAGACGGUGUGUAUGAAGUUGCGCUGAUACUAUUCUGACUCUCCAUCAGAAUAACUUUGAGACCAAUGGUUAUUGUUCAAAUAACAUCACUUCGAAUGCUUUGCCAUAAUCGUCUUUUGAAUGGCUUCCUUUGUAGGGGUCUGUUGGGGUGUCACAUACAGAGUACACGAAGUUUAGGAACAGGGGUGGAUAUAUGACUUCAAUCGGCAUUUGAAUGACCUCUUCCACGAAGAGCUAUUGGGCGGCAAUAUAAUGAACAAGUCAGUAAUAAGGACGGCUGUGUGGCCCCGCCCGCCAUUCGAAUGGCCUCGUUGAUAUAUGUACCAUGACUCGCUAAAUAUACAGACAGCAGAUUUGAUUUGAAAGAUAGGCACGUGACAAUCAUGAGCAAUGAUACCUCCCGAAUCAGACAGGCAUAAUUUCAACACGUCAUAAUCAAGUAAUUUACAUUUCGAUUUAACGAGGUAAUAAGCUGAUGAGUGCCAUUGCAGCGGCUAACAAGCUAACAGAAAACCAGGACAAAAAUAUUUUGCAUUGUCAUUGCUUUAUGAAUUUAUAAAUGUACGAGUACCUCAUUUUGAGACUUGCUUUGGUUUUUGAAGCAUUGAAGUGCCAUGAGGAGCCUCUCAGGAGGUAAUUUCGUGAUAUUAGAGCGUGAGGUAUACCACUAUAUUUUCAAUUCCUAUUGGAUAUGACUAUAGGGCUGGGCAUUUUCGAAUGCCUGAUGAUUUCAGAAUCGAAUCGAAUAUUUUUUUUGGAGAAACGUAACUGAAAAGCAGGCACCAGAUAUAGCACAUGCUCUGCGAUUAAAAACUAAUCACGAGCUUAUGCAGAUUUAUUCAAAAUCAUUUGAGUUCAACCUCAUUAUUACCGCUGCGAGUUUGCGGAAAUUGCAUUUUAAGCGUUUUAGCAGGGUUAUUGGUGAUUUUUGACGGUUUUUCACUGUUUUUAAGCGUUUUAGCAGGGUUAAGCAAGCAAUAAAUUUAAAUGCAUUUGCAUGUCGAGAUUGGUUAUGAGUUGGAAAAAUUAAAAGUUAGUGCAACAACGCAUUUGAGCUUCAUGCCAGGUACUAAAUGUACUAUCUUAUAUUUAUAUAAAGUGUGAUCAAUAUCUGCGCAAAAUGGAUUCAUUGCGAAGUGUCUAUGCUAUAUAUUUAAUAAUAAUAAUAACAAUAAAACUCUAUGGGGUGCAUUUGCGAUAAUUAAAAUUCAUAGCGUUUCGUCGAAGCUUGAUUUACAAUGGGGCCGAUAUGGAGACAAUUUAGGUAGCAUUUGUAGUUAAAUAUAAAUAGUUUAAUUUGAGGAGUUGAGCUAAUGACUGAAUUUAUUUAGGUCUUAGUUGGUACUUUUAUAACAAAAAAGUGAGAGUCGAGCUGUUGAAUUAGCACAAUGGUUCCCAACUGUUUAUGCCUCGUUCCCUUUCCAGAGGCUUUUAGCACUCAUGGCCCCCUGUUUAUCAUUCCAACCAAUAGUAUUUAUAGUGUUAUUUUAAUUAAUAUAUUCCAAAUCCUAUUAUAUUCAAACACUUAUGGUCAACUGAGCGAAAACACCCUGUGAAAUAACCUUAUCAAGCAAUAAAACUAGGAAGAACAGGAAUUUUUUCUAGGUGAAAUGGAAAAGUUAAUAUAUAUCAGUUUUGCGCCUGGCAUUGUAGUCUAUAUCCAAACGGGCAUGGCACCCAGUUUGGAACCGAUGAGAUAGCAGUACCAGUGGAAGUUUAAAUACCUUAGUAUUUGAUCACAUUUUCAAAACUCACAUUGCAACUUACCAUUCAGUUUAAUAAUUGUAUUUAACUAACGUACAUUAUGACGAGACUGUGGGGUAUUGGUGCACUGGUGGUCAAUGUUUUAAUGCAAGGGAUAAUUCUCACGGCGGUCAAAGGAAAUGAAUCGGACUGCAACGGUGGGACGUGCAAGAAAUUUUCUCUUACUGCGGAAGAGGUUUUUGACAUACAAAACAACCCUGACAUCAUCAAGUUUAUUACCGAAGAACUUCAGCGCCAACUAGCGGCUAAUCCUAACAUGGAUAAUAUGAUUAUCAACACCAACAUUAUUCCGGUUCUGUCGGAUUCUAAGCCUACUAUGUCUUAUGCUACCCUGGGUUGUUUCCGAGAUAAAUGGUCACGAGCUAUUCCUGGAGUUGAUAAUAAAUACUCCGCUUUGAUGGACAAUUAUCAUCAAAGAGUUAAUGCCAUUGAAAAAUGUGCAAAAGUCGCCGCUUCGGAAGGCUACAGAGUAUUUGCUGUCCAAGAUGGAGGACGGUAAAUGAAUGAUUUUCGUUUAGCAUAG